CUCCUCCCCUCCCUCUCUCUCUCUCUCUCUGCUAUUUAUUGUUGAGCGAACUCGCCUCGAAUUCCUCCCCCACAUUUUGACACGACGCCAUGAAAGACACCAUCGAUUCAUCCUCCCUCGACGGCGCGGUCACCACCGCUGACCCCAGCCCCAACCACGGCUGGCAGAAGGUCACCUACGCCAAGCGCCAGCGCAGGCCCCAGCCGCCCGCCGAUCCUGAUCGUAACCUCCCCGACGGGCUCCCCCACCCCAACGAUCGAUCCCACGUCUUCGACUCCCUCGAGGAGAAGGCCCGCGAGCGGCGGCGCGCCAUCGAGUCCGCCGCUGCGGCGGCGGCUGCCGCUGAGGCUGGUGGUGACAGAUCCAGGCUCGCCCCGGCCGCGUCGGAUGAUGAGGACGACGAUAGCGGGCCGGAGGACGUUCGCGGGGCCCAGGAGAACGGAGGGGAGGCACCGAAGAAAGAGAAGCAGAAGAAACCAAAGAAGCCUAAGGUGACGGUCGCCGAGGCCGCCGCCAAGAUCGAUGCGGCCGAUCUGGAUGCAUUUCUUGCCGAAAUCUCGGCUUUGUACGAAUCCCAACAGGAUAUUCAACUCAUGCGAUUUGCGGAUUUUUUCGCGCGAUCCUUUGCCUCUGUCAGCGCAUCACAGUUUCCAUGGACUAAGAUGUUCAAGGAAUCCCCUGUUGCUAAGAUCGCUGAUAUUCCCUUGUGCCAUAUAUCUGAAUCUGUUUGCAAGACUUCGGUUGGCUGGAUCGCAUUGAAAUCUCCUGAAGCUUUGGGAAAUUUUGUUUUAUGGUGCCUGGAUGGCAUCCUUGCUGAACUGGGAAGUCAACAGUCAGCUGCCAAGGGUUCCAAGAAAUCUGUUCAACACACUCCAUCAAAUAGUCAAGUUGCAAUAUUUGUUGUUCUGGCAAUGACCUUAAGACGGAAGCCUGACACACUUGUAAACCUUUUGCCCAAAUUAAGGGACAACCCUCGAUAUCAAGGACAAGAGAAACUCCCAGUUCUUGUUUGGGUUAUUGCUCAGGCUUCGCAGGGUGAUCCAGUUGUCGGAAUGUACUCAUGGGCACAUUACCUAUUUCCUGUAGUUUGUGGAAAAUUGCAGGCGAACCCACAAUCUCGGGACCUGGUUUUGCAAUUGGUUGAGAGAAUUCUUGCAGGGCCGAAAGCUCGAGCUAUUUUAUUAAAUGGUGCUGUCAGAAAGGGGGAACGCCUAGUGCCACCUACUGCACUUGAUUUGCUUAUGCAAAUGACUUUUCCUGCUCCUGCGGCACUGGUCAAGGCCACAGAGAGAUUUAAAGCAGUGUAUCCUACUCUAAAGGAGCUGGCUCUCGCAGGUUCUCCUGGGACGAAAACUACGAAACAAGCAUCACAGCAGCUUUUGCCUGCUGCUGUUGUUGCAAUUCAAAGAAACAUUCCAGAGCUAACAAAAGAAGCGGCAGAUAUAUUCAUCUGGUGUUUGACUCAAAAUGCUGAGUGUUACAGGCAGUGGGAAAAACUUCACCUAGAGAAUGUUGAUGCAAGUACUGUUGUUCUCCAUAAACUCUCGAGCGAAUGGAAAAGUUGCGCAUCCAAAAUCUCUCCCGAAGCUCUUAGAGUAACACUUAAGAAUUUGAGGGCUAAAAAUGAGGAAGCCCUGUCUCAGGAUAUGAAUGCCAGCAAACUAACAUCAAUCAAGGAUGCAGAUAAAUGCUGCAAGGCAAUCCUUGGGAAGUUAGCACAUCAUUCUGGCUACAUGAAGGGUGGUGUUUUUGUGCUUGUGCUUGCGGUUGGAAUCUAUUUUGCCCUCUUCCCAAGUUUUGAGUCUUUUGACUGGGAGAAACUUCGUGUGGUGUUUAGUUCUCUUCAAUCCUCUGUGAAGAACUUCAUUCAACCUCAUAUUGGUAACUAAAGAGAGAGAACAAGAAAGCACGAGAAGGUUACAUCCUAUAACAUUGGUUUUCAUCUUGGAAGGAGAUACCUAGAAAUGACCAUCACAACAUCCUCAGGUCUCUAGGAAAGGGAACUUAUUUCUUAAUUAGUUUUGAGAUAUAGGUCGAUCGAAAUGGUUUUAUUCAGACUAAAAUUCUCGUGUAUCUUCUUCUUCAUAGCAAAGCGGAUCUUGUUUAAUAGGUUUCCUGUUGUUGCUCAGUAACCUUAAUUGUGGAUUGAAUUGGAUUCACAACUUAAGCUCAUGAUUUCUGAUUGCCGUUAA